AUGGGCCUGAGCGACGACAAGGAUCGCAUUGUGAUUAACGUGGGAGGGAUCAGACAUCAGACAUACCGCAGCACCCUGCGCACCCUACCUGGCACUCGCUUGUCCUGGCUGGCCGAGCCUGAUGCACCCAACCACUUUGACUAUGAUGCCAAGAUCGAGGAAUUUUUCUUCGACCGCCACCCUGGCGUUUUUGCACAUAUCCUUAAUUACUACAGGACAGGUAAACUGCACUGCCCGGCUGAUGUCUGCGGGCCCCUCUAUGAGGAGGAACUGGCCUUCUGGGGCAUUGAUGAGACAGACGUGGAGCCAUGCUGCUGGAUGACCUAUCGCCAGCACCGGGAGGCAGAGGAGGCCCUUGAUAGUUUCGGCGGGGGGGGCCUGUUAGACCUGGGGAGCGAUGAUGCGGAGCCAGAGCAGGACCAUGGUGAAGAUGAAGUGGAUGAGAUGACAAGGAGGCUGGCGCAUGGAGACUGUCCUGACACCAGGAGUGGGAGCUUGUGGAGCCGGUGGCAGAAACAUGUUUGGGCUCUGUUUGAGGACCCAUACUCCUCUAAAUAUGCAAGGUGGGUGGCUCUGGCCUCGCUGUUCUUUAUUCUGGUGUCCAUCACCACCUUCUGUCUGGAGACCCACGAGGCCUUCAACCCCAUCAUCAACCGCACUGAGCUGGAGGUGGUGGACAACAUCACAGUGGAGCACACCUACCAGGAGACUGAGACUGCGCUCUACCUCACCUACAUUGAAGGCGUUUGUGUGGUGUGGUUCACUUUCGAAUUUCUAAUGCGAAUAACUUUCUGCCCGAACAAAUUUGACUUCAUUCGGAACGCCCUAAACAUCAUCGACUUUGUGGCCAUCCUGCCCUUCUACCUAGAGGUGGGCCUCAGCGGGCUCUCCUCAAAGGCAGCGAAGGACGUGCUGGGUUUCCUGAGAGUGGUCCGCUUUGUGCGGAUCCUGCGUAUCUUCAAGCUCACCCGUCACUUUGUGGGUCUGAGGGUGCUGGGUCACACAUUGAGGGCCAGCACCAAUGAGUUCCUGCUGCUUAUCAUCUUCCUCGCUCUUGGUGUCCUAAUCUUUGCCACUAUGAUCUACUACGCUGAACGGAUUGGAGCAAACCCCAACGACCCUCGAGCAAGCGAGCACACACACUUCAAGAACAUCCCGAUCGGAUUCUGGUGGGCUGUGGUGACCAUGACGACCCUCGGCUAUGGAGACAUGUACCCUCAGACGACCUCCGGUAUGCUGGUCGGAGCCCUGUGUGCCCUGGCAGGUGUGCUGACCAUCGCUAUGCCCGUCCCUGUGAUUGUCAACAACUUUGGAAUGUAUUACUCCCUGGCCAUGGCGAAACAGAAACUACCAAAGAAAAAAAAUAGGCAUAUCCCUCGGGCACCCCAACCAGGUUCUCCUAACUUCUGUAAGUCAAGCAUCAGCUCCCAACCACAGAGCCCCAUCCCCCAUGACGACGUUUUCGAGAUAAAGUUUCAAGAUUCAAAGCUGAACGGUGAGGCAGCUAGCGCAGCUCUGGCCAACGAAGACUGUCCUCACAUAGACCAGGCCAUAUCGCCGGAGGAAAUCUUCAGUCCCAACGAGAGAGAGCGGCCAUGCUUCCUGGUCACCACGGCUGAACGCCCCAACCACACAGGGGGCAGAGUGAGGAGGGAGACCCAGCGACAGCAUCGGAGCAGACAACCAACUGAGUCAGUUUGUGUUAUGAACCAUGGUGUACCAACCACUAUGUGUAUGACCCAUAAUGGCCCAUCACCCACCUGAUAGCGCUGUAGCAUUGUUGUGUGUAUUACUUAGUAUUUUUAAAUGGGUGUGACAGUGACAACCUGUGCAUCACAAACUCAGCAUAGAUGUAGCACUGAGGAAGUUAUGUUGUCAAGCCUUAUGUAGCUCAGUAUAUGUGACUGGUUACUGUGUUGUAAUUUGUGUGCCUAUUUUUGGUGUGUGCCAGUGCUGUAAAUACGCUUUUUGUGUGCUCAAGUUGUGUGUACCAAUGUUUUGAGAGAUCAUCAAAUAUUUGUGUGCUUCUUCUGUUGAAAGAAAAAAAAAUGUUGCUCCAAGUUUAA